UGUUUGAUGUUGAUUUGAAAUAUUAAGGAAAUUGCGCAUAAUAUUGAAUUUUUGUUGAAAUUUAUCUUUCGUUUUGACAGUUCUUUGCUAGAUAUUUUUCCGCAUAUUGAAAAUGUCCGUUGAAGAAGUUUUAAUGUCCACUGAUCCGGAAGAGAUACAGAUUGAAAUGGUGUCUGAUCUAGACGUUCCGAUAAUAAAUAUGAAUAGUUAUUUUUUCUGUGAUAUUUGUGGUGAAUCUUAUGUGACGAAAAAUGAUUUACGGAAGCAUAAAACGACUCAUAAUCCACCAAAAUCUUUCAACUGCGAUCUAUGUGGCAAAGUAUUUAGCAAAAAAUACAAUCUUCAGCAACAUUUCUUGAGCCAUACUGGUGAACGACCGCAUACGUGCACUGUAUGCAAUAAAGGAUUCACUCGAAAGAAAUAUUUGUUGGAGCAUUAUUUAGUUCAUACCGGCGAAGAGCCAUUUGUAUGUGAAUAUUGCAACGAAGGUUUCAUGUUGGAGAAGGAUUACACGGAGCAUAGUUUGAUACAUUCUGGUGAAAAGCCGUACGUAUGCCCAAAAUGUGGUAAAGAAUUUGCUGAUGAGAAUCUCUUCAAAGGGCAUUACUUGACUCACACUGGAGGAAGGGCGCAUGAGUGUGACAUCUGUCACAAGACGUUUAAAAAUAAAACGCUGUUAGCACGUCAUUACCUGAUUCAUACAGGCGAGAAGCCUCAUGUUUGUUCUCUAUGCAAUCGUGGCUUUACAAACAAGUCUACUUUAGAUCGGCAUUUCCUGAUUCAUACAGGAGAAAAACCCUAUAUGUGCGAGUUCUGCAACAAGGGGUUCAUACAGGAGCAUCAUUUAAAAGAGCACUAUUUCAUCCAUUCUGGAGUGAAGCCUCACAAAUGUGAUGUCUGCCAAAGAGGGUUUACCUACAAGAGUGCCCUUCGUCGUCAUUCUCUGAUACAUACAGGAGAAAAGCCUCACGUUUGCGAAAUCUGCGGCAAGGGCUUCAUUCAGGAAAGUCAUUUAAGAGAGCAUUAUAUUUCUCAUAAUGCCGAAAUUCCGCACAUUUGUGAUGUAUGUGAUAAGGGUUUUGCAAAUAAUGCAACAUUGCAGCGUCACUAUUUGACGCAUUCAGGAGAAAAGCCAUACAUUUGUGAUAUUUGCUCAAAGGGUUUUACCCAAGAAGGACAUUUGAAACAGCACUAUGUUAUACACACAGGACAAAAACCUUUUCCUUGUGAUCUUUGUUCAAAAACUUUUACUUCUAAAAGUUUACUGCGUCGUCAUUCGGCAACGCACUCAAACGAGUCCUCGGAGCACAAGCCAUUCAUUUGUGAAGGCUGCGGGAAAGCUUUUAGUGAUUUAGAUUCCUUACAAGAUCAUUAUAACAAUUGUAUUAUGGAAAAACAAUAUGUUUGUGAGGUCUGUGAGAAAACAUUUUUCAGUCCUAAUGACUUAGAGCAGCAUUUUUUGAGUCAUGGUGACAUUAGUUCUUUAGUAGUAGUGCAUGACAAUGGCUUAUAAUGUCCUCACGAGGAUUUUUGUUGCAAAUGUAUAUUUUAAGGGCAAGCAUUAUUUGCUUGUGAAAAGUUAAAACAGUCGUAGAUGUAGAAUCCUUGAAUGCUAAAAAAAUUAUCCUUGGCUUCUCUCUAUAUAUGUAUAAUAUCAAUUUGAGUAUGGAUUUAUUGAAUUCCAUCUAGUCGUUAAUAUUUCAUCUUUAGUUCUGAUUUGUUUUUUUCAGGUUGACACUAGCAGAUUUCAGUCAUUUAAUAACAUGCCUUUAUACAAGUAAAGAAACUUGAUGAUAAAAGUUUUAAAUUUUGCUCAAAACUUGUUUGAUAGAAAUUUAUAUCAAACUUAUCUUAAUGGUUUUUGCCUUGUGCUUGGAGAUACAUUUUUUUUUUUUUUUUACAGGAUAUUGUAAAAUUUGUUUUGAUUACAAAUAAUUUCCAAAUAAAUAUAUUGUUAUGCAGCUUAUUUCAUUAUUUUUGAAAUAAA